AUGUUCUUCAAGUCGCGCCUUGCCGAUGCCAAGACGUUCCCGCUCCCGCUUCCCACUUCCCGAUGUUUCCGUCGCGUCUCCCCGGCGCGCGUCAGCCGCGGACAUACGAUACAGUAUCUUGUGCUGUGUGCAUGGCAACAGCAACGUGUCAGCGGCGCGCUUGUGUACGAUAUCGCGAUGGCGGAGAACUAUGUACAGAGCGGCGGCGGCGGCGGCGGCGGCGACGACGACGCUCGUCUCGAAACUGACCGAGCACGCAACGAUCAGAAGCUCAAGUCCCGCUUUGAGCACAUCUUCCGCAAGUACGAGCACGACUUCACGGGAGUCGGCGACGAGAUCGAAAUACACACGAACACCAUCGUUGUGAACAAUGGUCACUUGGAGCACAUGCGAAGCGAGGUCGAUCCGGGCAGGAGCGCUUCCUCUCGAUUCCUGUUGAAAACAUUCCAGCACCCCCUCGAGCACGGAUCUGAAGAUGCCUCUACCAGCUCAGAUGAUGAGGAGGAUUCAGGCGACUCUGAUGAGAGCGACGAGGACGGUGAGGACAACAACGGUGGUGACAAUAUGAACGAGCCUGCCGGUGUCAGCGCAAACCCACUUACAUCUGCCAAUUCGCACUCUCAGCACGACUCUCUACGUGCACUGGACUGCAUAAAGAGACCUGUCAGACUUCCGCGCCUGACUCGAUUGCUGGUGGAAGAUGGCACUCCGCAAAGCCCUAUCGCCAUCGAAGGUGAUGCUGCCAAAGCCAUGGUGGAAGAAUCUCCACAUCGAAGCGUGUCGGAAGCAGUAACUCCUGCUGCCGUCCUAGCUGAAGCUUUAACACAGUCUACAGCUGCUCUACACGCGAGCGACGGCCGACGCGCAGGGAUCGACUCGGACACGAUCCAAGCUCUAGGCACGAGUAUUGCGGACCGCCUUGCGCAACUCAUGGGUAGCUCAAAGAAAGCAAGUAAGAGGGCAAAGGUGCAGACGCAAAGCAGCGCGGCAGAUCCUGUUUGGGACUACCCUCAGCUUCCUCGAGCUCCAAAGGAAAAAAGAAAGCGCAGCCCCAGUCCAGCCUUGCCGACGACUUGCUCCCCUCUAAAUCCUUCUGUGGGAGACAAAUCCCUGUGGUCUGGAGUGGCAGAUCCUGCUGCGGCACGUAAGCGAAGACGACGCAACCUGUAUGCUGAGGUUGUUCAGCCACCUGUUCGUCGCUUCGGCGUCAAUACGGACGCCGUUGAGCAAAAGAGGUGCUGGAAUUGCAGCUUGACUCGUUCGCACAAGUGGAUCCAGGGACCACACGGUCAAGACUUGUGCGUUUCUUGUGGUCAGUACUAUCAGCACCAUGGUCGUAUGAAGCCAUUUGACUCACCAACUCCACCACCCCCCGACACAAUGGAAAGCGAUACGCAGGUCAAAGAAGAGAACAAAGAACCGACGAUGCUUGCAAAACAAACGAUUGCCGUCGAAGACACACAGCUUGGUGCUGAAAGACAGCGAGCCGAGAUACAGCUCGAGCCAAAAACCAGCGCCUCUCGAAGGCGAGAUCCACCACCUUCGUCGAUACCCUGUUCAAGUUCCUCGGUAUUGUACACAGCGAAUACCUCAAGGCCCAUGACUCGCCCACAGCUUCCUAAGCAAGUGCGACUCCGAUGGACAGCCGAAGAGAAUGCCCGCAUGAUCAAGCUCAAGGAAGCAGAUAAUCUGAGCUGGGAGGAGAUCAGCGAACACUUCCCAAAUCGUUCGGCUGGCUCGGUGCAGGUGCACUACAGUUCUAACCUUAAGGGCCAGCGAAGCGAGGGCAGAGACCUGUUUGACCAGGGGAUGGCCAUGGAGCGGGAUACAGCAGAGGAGGCUGCCAUUCAAGAGUCCGCUGCACAAGAGUCUGCCGCGAAGAGUCCCGGCACCGAAUCUUCGCAAAUUGAGGGAUGGAGUGAGCAGCACGACGCACUCCUCCUUGAGCUGAUUGAAGAUGAAGGUUUGGGUUGGCGCGAAGUUGCCAGUCUUCUGCCCGGUGAUGAUGUGGAAGCAGUGAAGAGACGGUAUGAAGUGAUCACGGAGGACGGAUAUGAACAGUCCACCACCAAUGCCGUCUCGGAUCGUGCCCCGUCUCCGCCGCUGGAAAUACUACAGAGUCCUUCUCGCUUCUACACACCCGAGGAAGACGAUCUCAUUUCGCGGCUAGUCGGCCAGGGCCUCAGUUGGUACGAUAUGGCCAAGCAUUUUCAUGGUAGGGCUCCAGGUUCACUUCACAAGCGAUACAGCACAAAGCUGAAAGUGUCUCACUCACGGACCCGAAGGAGCCUGCCAACUGCAUCGCUCACAGGCCUGCAACGCUGUGCCACACCGCUGCUGCGUCAAGCCUUAGACAACAGCCUGAGACGUCAGUCGGACUCACUUGUGCAGUACCAAUCGGAGACAGAACCCGACGGGACUGAAGCUACUGCGACAAUGGACCAUGAGCUUGACAGUGGAAUGCUUCAACUUACGCCCACUCUCCACCCAGCAGACUCAAGCGAACAUCAAUCGAGCACAUCACAGCCAGAGUAUCCGGAGCCAUCUCAACAGCUUGAAGAGGAGCUUCUACGCUCUUCCACUUAUCCUCCAGAUCGACCAAGCGCCGUACAUGUAGCUCCGUCUAUAACCGAGGACGACACUGGACAGUCGCCGACGCCGGAUAGUCGAGCUGAGCACGCAUCAGAGGAGUUUUCUGUACCUUUGCACAGUUGCGACUCUGAUACGUCUGUAGACAAUGUCGUUCCAGUCAAAGAGGCCAAACUUGUCGAUUUGGCAAUAAGGUCUUGCCGCCCCUCUGCCUCCAUUGCUGUUGGAGAAAACUCCUCUGCAGAGACACUGUACGCAGGCAGUUCGAGUCCAGAUGCAGUUGCUGACUCGCGGGAUGCAGCUGAUCAAGAAGCUGCAGCGGACUCAAGCACAGACGGAGUUAAUCUCGCACCGAGACCAGCUAGGGCAAUAGUGAGCUCAGAUGCCAACUCGAUGGUCGCUCGAGUGCAAUCUCAUACCGAAUCGGGCGCGCUGGUUCCAGUCCAUCGUUUGGACGAGGGCCUCGAAACAGCCACUCUCAUCUCCGACUUUACCACAGCGCUACAGUAUGAAUCUUUUACCACUUUGAACUCUGAGCAGAUCGACGUCGAAACGCAUAGCCCCAACGAUGAUGCACCAUCCACGUCCGACUUCAGCCACCAAGCCCCUCAACGGAGGGGAUGCCUGAAAGGCAAGAAGAGGUCCUCGAAGGCAAUGUCGGCGACUGGCAUCGAAACUUCAAUGCAGCUUGAAGACCAAUUGACUAGAAGCGAGGAAGAGCCUGGUUCGAUAGCCUUGACUACAGAGUCUGCAACUUGGUCUCUACAGGCUGAAGAAGGUGUUGAAGCAUUCGUCGAUGAUAUGCCACGCAAAGAAGUUGCUGCCUCUGCCGAUGACACGACUAGUCUGUAUCGACCACGUUCUCGUCAUGUCACCUUUAACCCGGAGGUGAUUGUAACGACCCCGAUCGAAACCAACAAGCCUCGUUUAACCAAGAUACACAAGACGCGAACGCCUGACCUGCAGGGACGCUCCAAGCCAGCAGGGAAGAGGCGGAGUGUCAGGCUGAGUAUCAACUCCUUGGAUGCGGCCGACUUGGCUAAUGAUCCUUUGAGCUCUCCAAGAACAGUCGAAGCUUUCAUAGACAGGACAGGCUCACAUUUAGGAAGUGAGCCAAUCGCACAUGUAUCAAGCUCAUCGCUUUUUGCAAAGCCAUCCUGGCCUGCGAGUGACUACAAGACACCAAAAAGCUUGGGCUUACGCAGACUUGCGGAGUUGAAAAGCCAUUCAACGCCGCGAAGGAGAAGCACGCCGAUCAUCGAUCAUAAGAGAGGUAAUGUCUCCAGAAGAGUCGUUGAGACGGCUGUCAGGACAAUGAGCGAUCCUGAAGAAGAUGACAGAGACAGCAUUGCAUGCCAGCAACUUGUGACUACCGAUAUCGGCUUCGCCUCUCCUAAUGAUCGCACGUUGGCGCAGCUUACGCGACAGAGCACGCGCAUAGAUAACUCGGCGACAGAUGAGAACUCCCUCAAUCAUAUGCAGGUACACUGCGCAGUGCUGAUAAUCGGCGCUGGGCUUCAGGCUGCAUCACCUGAAUUCAAGCAAGGAGGUCCUCGUUGCAAGAAUGAAAUCGGUCCUACUGCCGGUCUCGAUACGAAGCUGAGCUCAACAAAGAUUGCAAGGCUCUUCUAUCUCUUCAACGAUGGAUCAAGAGAAUCAGCAUCCUCUAAAUGCAACAUGACAUUGUCGGCCAGCAUACAGGAAUUCCCUCCCCAUGCAUGCGGCUCCGCGAACGUGGUCUAUCAAUCUUGCAUACCCGUACCCACUGCAGCCCGCACAUCGACUAGCUUGGCCGAUAUAGGUCAAACAAUGGCGACCUUAUGA